AUGAAAGUGCUGCCAUCCUUCGAGUCAACGAAGCUGGAUCCCUUUACAUCUCCACUGCAUCGAAGUACCGCAUCUUCCACCCAAGAAAAUCAUAUCACGCCAACCAACACUUGUAACCAUCCCCCCAUUUUCUUCUCGCCCUGCCUCAAACACGCCCUGCUCAACCCCGCUGACUUGCUUGAACCCGCCUCUGAUCAUCAUUCUGAUUCAACCCCUUUCUGGCUGCAGCCUGAUGGGUGGGUCAUGGGACCCAGACAUGAGCUUCUUUUCUGGGUACCUCCUGCUUCCCGACACGCGUUUUAUACUCCUUGGACCUCAUUGGUGAUACCCAGAGGAUACCCUGAGCUUGAUUUGAGCUGCAUGGCGAACGGGACGCGCUGGUCGAGUUGCCAAGAUGCGUAA